AUGCCUGGAGAAUGCGAUUUAAUGCGUUUAACUCCUCAGAAGGAGCAGGAACUGAGUUCGAUUAUUUUAAAGAGAGCUGAGCUGGCUCAGAUGACAAGACAGCUAAAGCUGGGUCUUAGCAAAGUCUCGUCGCCUAAGAAGAGCUCUAGGGCGCCUUCUAGCUCCUCUGAAUUGAACUCAGGUACGUUGAAUCGAGAUAGCACGAGUUUACAGACCGUAGGAGCCGGAGGUUCAUUGACAACUAGACUAGAAGCAGAGCAGACUGACACGAAACAGACAUAUUCCCGUGAUACGGACGAAGAGUCUCCGUUAAAGAAACACAAGGCAAUGCUGGUUGUAGGCCCGCAAGAGCCCCAGGCGGUCACUCGUAGGUCAAGUUUGAAGCCGUUACUGCCUUCUACACCCCGCGCUGCUGCGCGCAGGCCCUCGAUUAAGUUUCCGCCCUUCUCUACUGCUUCGUAUGCAGGAGAGCCUACUAGCAACAACGAAGAGGUCGGAGCGGACCUCCUUAUCUACCUUGCCACUAGUCCUUACAGUUCUACAAAACACCUGAACCAUACUGGCUCUCCGAAAGUCCCGAUGACUCCAUCGUAUCUCAGCCAGCACACAGCUUCCACAGAUGCUGUGCGAUUGUCACACAUGAAGAGUCAGCCAUCGCCGUUCAAGCAUCCUGUGCAGUUCUUGAACGGUGCCCCUUCCGCUCUGCUGCCCCAGGGCCCGCUACACGAUCUUAUGGACUCUCCAAAUCUCUCACUCUAUAUGUCUCCUUCACCACAGAAAAGAAAACACAGCACAAGCUCUAUAUUGCCCACAGAUUCCCUCCUAGAGCACAGUACGGCACCCGAUACCUUUCGCCGUCCUUCAACAUCUCAACCGCUUAUGUCGCAUCUUCUUCGAACACCAAACUUUGACAUGAAUGACUAUGUGCGCAACCUCUUUAGCCCCUCGCCAAGAGUAGAUUCGCAUACAAUGCACCAAACACUCCCAUUGGAUCGCAAGGAUUAG